AUGGGUCUGGAUAUGAAGAGUAGGAUGAAUCUGUUUGUUGCUGGAUUGUCUUGUAUGUCAAGUAAGGAAGGCAAGGCAACUAUGCUAAUAGGGGACAUGGACAUAGCGAGACGUUUGGUAUAUGUGUUGCAUGUUGAGGAAGAGAAGUUGAGGGAUAUAAAAGAAUUGAGAAACAAGAAAGCUAAGAUAGGGAGUGAUUUCGGGCAGCAAAUAAGUAAUAUGAACUGCUCUACCUUUCAACAUAAUCAAAACGGAGCUAGACCUGCUCAGUCUCUGGGUAGUGUAGCAUAUGGAGGUAAUUGGGCUCCUACAUGUGCUAAGUGUGGUAGGAACCACCUAGGUGCUUGUCGCGAUGGCUCUACUAGAUGUUUCAAGUGCAGUCAAGAGGCUCACUUCAUGAAAGAGUGUCCUAAGAACAGGCAGGGAAAUGGAUAUAGGGGCAAUAGAGCCCAAUCUUCUUCAAUUGCUCCACUAGGAAGGGCUGCACCUUGA